AAUUUUCUACAUAAGAUGUAUGUUAAUCAACAGACAGACCCUGAGGGUGACACGGCAGUUAAUACCAGUAAUGUGUCAGAAGACAGUGUAGCUGCUACAGAAGGAGAACAUGACCCUUAUUUUGAGCCAGUAGUUACUCUUCCUGAAGUUCAUAUAAAAACUAAUGAAGAAGAAGAGGAGGAGAUGAUAAAGCUGAGAUGCAAACUUUUCCGUUAUCACACUGUUGAGUCUCCAGCAGAAUGGAAGGAGCGAGGGACUGGGGAUGUAAAGAUUUUGAAGAAUGGUAGCAAGAAAACGGUGAGUUUUUGCUGCACACAUACACUGUACUGACAGUUUGUAGAGUUU